AUGACAUCGGAACCUCAGCUCACAUCAGGUAUCACGAAUCCGGAAGCAGCGUUCCUCCAAUCUUCAGACAAUGACGUUUUUCAGUCUUCGGACAAGGAGAAGCAGACUUCAGAGCCACUCUUGACUGAGGGUGAUCUUGACAGUCAUGAUUUGACUUCCUCGAAUUGGUUGAGUGACCCUCAAAACCCAAUAAAUUGGUCUUCUAUGCGCAAAUGGACAACGGUAUACCUUCUCGUCAUCACAAACUUCAUAGCAGCAACAUGUACCUCUGCAUUCGAGCCCGCCCUUCCUUCCAUAAUGGCCGAUUUCCACUCCACCAACGACUCCAUCGCCUCUCUCACAAUCUCUAUCUACACCAUCGGCUACUGUCUAGGACCUCUUGUCGUCGCUCCCAUGAGUGAGUUGUACGGACACGUGACUGUAAUAUAUCCCGGUUAUAUCGGUUUUAUGCUAGCUCUAGCUGUAUGCGGUUCGAGCAGGAGUCUUCUUUUAUUCAUCGUGUUUCGUGCUAUAAUGGGUUUUGCGGCUAUCACAUUCGUGCUUAUGGGUCCGGCUAUAGUGGCUGAUCUCAUUCCGAGAGAGAGGAGAGGAUUCGCAUUGAGUAUUAUGUCUGCGGGUCCCGUUGUUGGCCCAACUAUUGGUCCUGUAAUCGGGGGUUAUAUUGUGGAAAAUAUUAGUUGGAGAUGGACUUUCUACUCCACGUUGAUUGCUUUUGGUGUCCUGUUUUUGCUGUCUCUCGUUAUCCUCAAAGAGACCUAUGGUCCAGUGGCAAAAAACCCAAGAGAUGCACUCAAAGCAGCUUGGAUCCGACCCUUCAAAAUGCUAUUCCUCUCCCCCAUAGUCCCCUUCGUGGGCUUCUAUAGUGCCCUCAGCAAUGCUUACGGAAUGAUAUGUUUCGCAACCCUCGGCACCGUUUUCCAAAACAACUAUUCCUUCACUCCCGGCCAGAGCGGCCUCGCCUACUUCGGCCUCAUGUUCGGAUUUCUUUUCUGCCAACUAACGCUAGCCCGAUUUUCCGACCGCUACAUGCUCCAUCUGGAAACCAAACACCACGACAAAAAGCCCGAAUACCGCCUCCCACCCAUGUUCAUCGGCGCGUUCCUCCUCCCCAUCGGCUUCUUCUGGUACGGAUGGUCCCUAGAAUUCCAUACCCACUGGAUCGUUCCCAUCCUCGGUAGUUCGGUCAUUGCCAUUGGUAUUUUGUUUAGCUAUCUGCCCGUGCAGAUGUAUCUGGUUGAUACCUAUACCAUCUACGCUGCGAGCGCUACAGGAGCAUGCACUAUUAUCCGUUCGAUUUGUUCGGCCUUGCUCCCACUGAGCGCUAACCCUCUGUAUGAUCACUUGGGGUAUGGAUGGGGUAAUAGCGUGUUGGCAUUUAUCGCCAUGGGGUUUGUGCCAAUAGCAGUACUGGUGUUGAGAUAUGGGGAAAGUAUUAGAACGAAUCCACGCUUUCAACCGAAGCUGUGA